AUGCCAGAACAAUCCCCAGAGAGACCAUCGCCCAGCACAGAGGCCACCCACGACCGCCCGGAGCCAGAACAUACCGAGGCACCUCCAACAAAGCGUGCAAGGCCAAACAGGGAUGACAAGGCUCGCGGGAAGCGUUUAUUCGGUAAUAUCUUGGGGACACUUCAAAAGUUCCAGACGGAGGACAAGUCUACCCGCGGCAGUGAAGCAGCCAGAAAGAGGGAAGAGGUGUCUGAGAGAAUAGCCAAGAAAUUGCACCAGGAAACUGCUCUGAACCAUGAGAUUACCGAAACGGACAGAGAGUUGAAAGGACUCAAGAUUGCUACUGAACACGCCGAGACCACGCUUCGGCAAAAGGACAUCUCUAUUGGUGCUCGUCAUAGCCUUUUGCAAUCCACAGCUAAAUUCCUCCACACGAGAUUGCCGCUUCCCCAUCCCCCCGUCUUUGAAGGAGGACUCUUCAAUCCCGCACCUUUACCUAUUUCUGUUGGUCCCAAGCGGGAGCCCCCCAUCAAAACCGACCUUCCCCCUCUCUACUUUCUUCCAAAGAUCCUCCUCCCUCAUCAACAAGGCACCAUCACUUCCCAGACCACAAACAUGUCUGAACGCAUCUCUGAAGAACAAGCUUCCCUCGAAACCGAACGCCAGCACGUCCGCACGUUGGUAAAGGAGAACCGAGCGCGGAUCGAAGAGCUUUCACAAAAGCUGGGUGGGCUGAGGCGACAAGUACGGCCAGAGCGGGCUGAUGAGAGGAUCACGGAAAGAGAUCGCGGGCAUAUGAGGAGCGAAAGGUCUGCCGAUCAACGCGAACCUAGACGUGCACAUGGUGGCGACAGGGGUGUUGGGGUCGACGAGCUGGGCAGAACGCGUAGGGAAGACAUGAUGGACGUCGAUCAAGACAAGGAGGAAGGCGACAAGGCUGUGGAUCUGCGGGAUGAGCGAGAGAAGGGUGUGAAGAUACAGGGCGACGACGGUGAUAUCGAAGUAGAAUAUUAA